UUUGCACCAACGUACCGAUAUUCAUAUUGUAUGCUUUGUUAACUGGCUUUUAGCCACCAAGCACACCACCUUCGCGUAUCGCAGUAUCGUAACAGAUCCCUGCUUCAUUGAUAACAAAGAAAGGCUGCAAAUGCCUGAGAUCACUCCAUCCUAUAAGGAUCACUAUGGUAUCCUAAAUUUAAGAUUGUCGGAGUCUGACCCUGUGCCUAGAGGCAUCACAGCCAAGGACAUCAAAAACGCGUAUCAUAAAGCCUUGCUCGAACAUCAUCCGGACAAGAAGCAGCUAGACCAUGAUCCAGUGUCAGAUCUCGCUUCCGCACGAGCGACGAAAAGCAGUAAUAUUACAAUUGAUGAUAUUAUCGAAGCUUUCGAGAUAUUGAAGUGCGAAGGUACACGGAAGGAGUACGAUCGCUCACUGUGCCUCACCCGUCAAACACAUAACCUUGAGUCCCGCGGGUCACACAGUACGCAUGACUCACAUAUUUUCUGUGGUAGCGCUAGCAUCUCUGCACCCGAGUACGAAGACGUCAGCGAAGGCAUUGUAUACAAGCAGGUGGACCUUCAUGACCUGAAAGAGGAGGAGACGACUACUGGUGACCAAGUAUGGAGUACAAACUGCAGGUGUGGCAUGGAUAGAGGGUACGUCGUCACUGAAGAAGAGCUGAAAAGAGAGAGCCGAGAGGGUUUGGCAGAAGCAUGGGUACAGUGUGGUGGAUGUAGUCUCUGGCUUGGGGUAGAGUUUGGCAUCGAGGAGAGCAAUUAUGACGGCUGAGGACCACGGGAAGUCUGACAAAAUCAUUAGAUACACUAAGAAGGCAUGUGGGACUUUUGCGAAAAGGGAAGAAUUCGAAAACUACUACGCGUUUUUGACCUUUGGGCUGUAAUUAAUCCGACAUUGGUCUUACGUGUGAGCUCGUCGAACCGCUUCCUCUUACGUCCAAGUUAUAACUAGACUAUACACCUAAUAUAGUAUUAAGACACUAG